AUGCCAAACAAGUCCACCCUGCCCUACUAUGAGUCCUCGUCACUUAGCUCACUGGUCAAAACCUAUCGCAGUGACUGCAGCGAUCCAGUGGAGUUUGCGCGAAAGAAAGGCUACGAGGUGGUAAAUAUUAUCGCCUCGGGAAGUUUUGGAAAGGUCUACCGAGUACAGACGAAGGUGCCACGCCGUGACAGCAGCGGCAGCAGCUCCGACGACUCGCAGACAAAGACGGUGAACCUGGCGAUGAAGGUCUUUUACCUGGACGACGACAACAACCGCAUGUGGGUGGAGCGGUGCCUGAAGAAUGAGAUGUACAUCGCCAAGUACGUCAAACACCAGAACGUCGUGCUGACGCUGGAGGUGCUCAAAACCACCCACCACGGGUACAUCUUCAUGCAGCUGGGCGAGAAUGGCUCCAUCAAGUCGGAGCUCUUCAAGCAGCUGAAGCGCCCCUACACCGACGGCGAGGCGAAGGAACGCUUCAUCUUUCAACCACAAAGUGCAGCCAUUCACGGCGUGAUCGUCAGUCCGAAUCGGCAAGGAGCGUCCAAUGCUGGCAAGUCGAACAAAGCCGACAAUGCAGACCUCUCUACAGCGUCACACAACUCAAUGGCCAGUCCGAACCCGUACACCCACAGUCAGCAGCACCCGAAGUACUGGGACCCGAACUGGGUGGACUACUCGGGCGAGCAGACCAACGACGAGCGGCGGCUUUUCAACUACCUAAUGCGCAACUACGACACCAACAUUCGCCCUAUUAUGAACUCUUCUCAAGCGAUCAAUAUUCGCCUCGGGGUGACGCUCGCUCAAAUAUUCGAUUUGGACGAGAAGAAUCAGGUGCUCACCACAAACAUCUGGCUUGACCAGGAGUGGAUCGAUGAGUUCCUCACCUGGAACGCCACUGACUACGGAAAUAUUACCCGCAUUCGAGUGCCGUGUACAGCCAUCUGGUUACCCGAUCUGGUGCUUUACAAUAAUGCCGACGACUACACUCGGGGCUACAUGUGCAGCAGGGCGAUCGUCUCGCCCUCAGGCAAUGUUUUCUGGCCACCGCCGACUAAGCUGCGCAGCACCUGUGAGGUGGACGUCACCUACUUUCCCUUCGACGAUCAGACCUGUAAGAUGAAGCUGGGCUCGUGGAUCUACGACGGUCACCAGGUAAACAUCCUCAACCGAACGGAGAACGUCGAUCUGAACAACUACGUUCCCAAUGGCGAGUGGGACCUGAUCGCCACCAAGCUGGUGCGCAACGUCGUCUUCUACCCCUGCUGUCUGGAGCCCUUUCCCGAUGUGACCAUCACCCUGGUGAUUCGCCGGAAGAUACUGUACUACCUGUACAACGUCAUUCUGCCCUGCAUCAUGAUGUCCGCCCUUACGCUGCUCGUCUUCUGCCUGCCGCCAGAGUCGGGCGAGAAGAUCGCCCUCGGCGUCACCGUCCUCCUCGCUUUCUCCGUCUUCAUGUUGGCCAUCUCGGAGAAGCUGCCGGAAACCUCAGAGUCAAUUCCUCUGCUUGGUGCCUACCUCACCGUUGUGAUGGGAAUAACUUCAGUGAGCAUA